UUCGAUUUCAGCAAGGUGGCGGACGUGCUUUCGAUUUUUAGUUACUGGUUCUUAUUUUUACAGGCACAGUUAGCAUCUCUGACGUGAUGGCUCUUUGUGUUUCAAUAACAAAUGACAGUGCUUGUGUUUAUUGUUUAUAGCGGAAAACGAUUUGAUGUAGCUGUGUGGCAACAACAAACACUGCGUGUGGCAAGCUGUAAACAAUGGCCAUGAGUUCGAGAUAGACGCUACUGUUACAUUGUGGUCACUUCACUGGUGCUGCCCUGUGAACCUCAGUUGCAAAUAAGGUGGAAGUUAAGAUGGAGAAAUGUGAAUGCUGUAAUAUAUUAGUGCCUGCAAAGGAGUUUACAAAGCAUCUGCAAGACAAACGCCAUCGGCUAAGGGAGAAGAGAUUUAAUGAAAUGAUACAGAAUAGUGUUUUCAUAAGCUGUCUCCCUAGAGGUGUAGACCAAGGAAUGUUGAUUGAGGCACUGAGUAGGUUUGGAAAGGUGCGAACUUGUUCUAUUUUCCAGAGAUCAAAUAAUGCAGUUGCUGAGUUUGAGCAAAGAGAGGCAGCGAGAAAGUGUCUUCAAGGACCAGUGUAUAUUGGUCAAACACUUCUUAAAAUGGCCCCUCGCAGGAAACCAAAGCCGAAAGCCGAUCCAGCUCCAGUCCCGGAUUCUGAUGUAGAUCCCACAGAACUUAUAUCUAUUCUUGAAGGGGCUCAUUCUAAUGGCGUAAGAGAUGUUGAUGCCUUAAUUGACUUGGCAGUCCAGACUGUGAGGUUACAGGACCCCGAGCGAAACCACAAGCUGCUUAUGCUGCAGAGAGAUCUUGAAGAAUGCAUCUCGGAAUUGGUUCCAGGCUGCCAAGCACACCAGUUUGGAUCUGCUGUCACGGGUGUUCCACUUAGAGGAUCUGAUACGGAUAUUGUGAUGAUUCUGCCAGAGAUUGCUGCCAGAAAUUUUGAUGGUCCCCAGAUAGUGAGACGUGUACGUAAACUUCUAUGGACCCGUCACCGAAAAUUUGGGUCCAUUGUUGCAAUUCCUGAAGCUCGCAUACCUAUAGUAAAAAUCAUCCAUAUACCAACUGGUAUUGCUUGUGAUAUCAGCUUCCAAGGACAAGGAUGUGUACUUAAGAGCAAGCAGUUGUCUCAUGUAUUAGACAUGGAUUUUAGAAUACGACCACUUAUUAUUUUCCUGAAGUAUUGGGCAAAAUGUCACAAUAUAAUAAGUUUAUCCAGGUUCUCGAGCUAUGCAGCUACACUGAUGGUGGUGUUUUUCUUGCAACAACUGCCAGAACCAAUACUUCCACCAAUUCAAAAGAUUCUUCAUCCAGAUCCUGGGAAUCCAUGUAUGACUACAAGGAAUACAGAUUCUUUGAGCAAACUUGUUGAAGAGUAUUUCAGAUAUUAUAGUGAAACUGAUUUAACAUAUCAAGUGAUAUGCCCAUGGGUUGGCCAUCUGGUACCAUGUGAAGCAUUUUCUGAAACAUUGAAGGUCACAAUUCCAGAUGAGGUCAAGCAUAUCAGAAAUUUAUUAUCCAUGCACAACAAUUCUCUUGAGAUUAAUACUCCUCUGGUAGUGCAAGACCCAUAUGAAAUGAACCGAAAUGUUACAGAGAGGGUGAAAGAUAAAGAUUUUACUUUCUUCAGACUCUGUUGUGGAGAAGCAGUUAAAAUCUUAAGGGAAGGAGCACCAGCAUUGCUUUUUAAGGAUUUGUGUGUCCCAAGGGAAGUGGAUGACAGUACAACUUUAAGUGCAGACCUUUUCCUAAAGCCGGAGUACCUUGGUGCAGUGGACAUUGCUGCUGAGUCAGCCAGACAAAUGCUAUUUGCACGUUGGACACAUGCUGUUGUUGCACUUGUUCCUGAAUUUUUAACUAGAUUUGUAAGGUUGAAGGUAGAACCAGUUGAUGAUACAAGGGGUCCAGUAUCUGUGGAGGAUUGUAUGAUUACUAAGUGUCUGCCACGUAGUUGGAAAUGUUCCGGCAAACCCGUACUGCACACGUGGAAUAUGCGCAAGAAGGCUGCCACAAAGCAUAAAUUAGAUCCCAAACUCCCUAUGAUGGAGCGAGAAACACUGAUUUCACAGCAUCUAGAACAAGAGCCAUCAGAAGUUGAAAAUGCAUCAUUCAUUGUCCGUAUUAUUGCUGGAAGCAAAAAGGAGUCUGUUCGCUGUUGCCUCAUAGCACACACAACAGAUGCAGCUCUCUAUCAUAUCAUUGCCAGAAAGCUCCUUUCACUUAUUCCCCUGUGGUUAAAUACUGCCUUUGUAUCCAGAACUGCAUUGAAUUACAUUCCUGACUUCUUGUCAACUAACACAGAUGCAGGAAGUGCCUUGCCUGCUAAUGCAAAUGUAUGUGGUAAUACAGAAGAAUCAUCUGCUGCAGAGAUAGUUCUGGAAAAAGGUAACACAGACAAACAAGAUGAUGAUCUGUCCAGUUGAAGCAUUCCAUUCCAAGUGCUUCAUAGCUUUAACAGUGCGAUGAAAAUUGAAAGUUGGCAGUACUCUCCUCAUGGGUACCUCUCUUACACAGUGAAAACUAAUUCUUUCUGAUCUUCAGCAUUGAGAUACAAUUAAGUGGUGUUUUCCAUGCACAGGUGAGAUGAGUAACAUUGUGUCAUGAAUUUUACUCAGGACAUUAACGACACUGCAACCAUCGUAAGGAAUAAAUGAAAAAAUUAAACUAGUCUGCAUCAAAACUGUUCCCUUUGGAAAUGCUGAAAUCCCUUGUGAAACACAGUCUACAUGUUUAUAAAUAAAUAUUUGACUGGAA